AACACAAGACUUAUUUAAAAAGUGUCACAUUAUAGAGGGAGCGUCACCAACGCGCUGGUGGCGUCCUGUUCCUGAUGCAAUAGACGUCUGAAGACCCAAAGCCAAAACCGAGAAUUUUUUUUUCUCUUUUAAGAAACAGAGGAGCUAUAUUUGACCACAGAGGAGUGUACAGGAGUCAGCCGGCGGAGGACGAGGGCGACUGCGAAGUUAUUUAGGUACACCAGAAGCAGGGGCAGCCAGCCGGGGCGAUCUGAGUGUUUCCUGGCUUUGAUGCGACCCGAGUGUGCCUGGAGCAUGUCCACAGUGGGCCUGACUGCCCAGGAGAUCUCUUUUCCCAUAGAAAACCCCUUCCUGGGGGGCAGCUACUGUCACAGCAUGGCUGGACCCAAAUCGUCUUGGAGCUCUCGCCAUGAGCCGGACAACUUCUACUUCAGUAUGGAGACUGCAUACACAGAUCACAGCUCUCGUACCCAGCAAAAGGGGCCACCUCCACCGUCCCUAAGUUAUGAGAGACAUAAACACAGUCCCAGCUCACAGAGAUUGCCCCCAAAGAAGUCCCGGCCUUCCCAUCUCCCCCUGUCCUGCAGUGUUGAACCAUCCACCCCAAGUCCCGCUGACGACGACCAGGUGGUCCCCUCAUUCCAGAGGCUGUCAGUGUACGAGUGUAGUAGUCCACCACAGACACCGGGCAGAUGCUCCAAGCCUCUGCCCCCCAUCCCUCCCCAAACAGACAUCUCCCCCGAGCAGGCCAUUGACAAUGAGGUAGAAUUUUUCACGAGUUCGGACGACAGCUGCUGCCUGGUGUCUGAUCAGUACAAACCGUCUCCUUUUCGAUACGGGGUCCCCAGUCGAAGGAGCUUUAGGGACUGUGGGCAGAUUAACUACGCCUACUAUGACGGGCCAUUAGGACCACAAAGCCCGAGGCAACCCCAGCAGCACCAUCAGGCCCAUGCUCCACAGGAAGUGAGGGAACAGUAUGAGCAGCAGCGACAGGAACCACCAGAGCCAGCAGUCUGUCUGAGGCAGCAGGAUAAAGCUCAGAGGAAGCUGCGGCGCUCGCACUCUGGCCCAGCUGGAUCCUUUAACAAACCCUCGCUGUUGCGCCUGUCAUGCCACAAACGCCACCCCAACGGUAUGGAUAAGCACGAGGUGCCACCCCCUAUCCCUCCACGAACCAUCAAGACAGGAGACUACCGCCGCUGGUCAGCAGAGGUCUCGUCAGGGGCAUACAGCGACGAGGACAAGCCACCCAAGGUGCCCCCAAGGGAACCUUUGUCCAGCGGCAGCUCCCGCACUCCCAGCCCCAAGAGCACCCCGUCAUACCUUAACGGAGUGAUGCCACCAACCCAAAGCUUUGCACCAGACCCUAAGUAUGUAAGCUGUCGGGGUUUACAGAGACAGAACAGUGAGGGUUCCCCCUGCAUCCUUCCCGUUAUGGAGAAAGGGAAGAAGGCCAGCACCACACACUACUAUCUCCUGCCUCAGCGGCCUGCUUUUGUGGACUCACAUUGUGUGGAGAAAUUUCUCAGAGUGAUGGACAGUCCCGCAGCUCGCAAUACAGACGUAUCGGACUCAGACUGGGACUGCCACAGCAGGAGGAAAGCCCCAGUGGAUUUAGUUUGAAAGGUUUUAGUGGAAGUAGCAGAGGACUCUACUGUACAUGAGCGAAAACCACUUGAAAAAAAUGGUGAAACUGGACAGUAACGACCCUCAAACUGCUGCUUUUACUUUUUUUUUUUUUUUUAACCCCUCAUGUAUUCAGAACACAGGGUAUGGUUGCGCUGUAUCCAGUUACUAUUAAUGUUGGAAUAGCUAUCCCCCACUGAGAUUUAAAAAAAAAACAAAAAAAAAACUGUAUCUCUGAUUAUAGAAGUGGGCAAAAUUCAACAUUGUAGAGCUUAUUUUUGAUAUGAUUUUUAUUUCAUGACAUUCAACAUUAUGCUGUUUUUGUUUAGUUUUUUUUGCUGAUAAUGUGGCACAGUCCGAAGGUACAAGCAGGCCUUGGACCUCGUGUGCUCAGUGUUCUGUGUGUGGAAGGUCGAGGAUGUUUUUGUGAGAUACAUCGAUGCUGCUUUUGUAUCUCACAAGGGACAAAAGGUCAGUAGUGUAACCAUGUAUCACUUAAUAUAUGAAGUCUAAAUGCAAGGCCAAUUAACUAAAAUGAAGGAUGCUCGCACACAAACCUCCAUUCUGUUCGCUCUUAUGUAUGGACACUGAUAGGGUUUCCCUGCCUCGAUGAAGUCUUACUCAGGCCACUGUAUCUGUGUAAAUUUGUGUUUCCCACACGUUGUCAUGGUACGUUUUGUACUAAGAGGUGGGUUCAUUACUGGUAGCUAUGCAUGUUUCCAUUGGAAUGUCUAGUGCAGCUUUUACGGUAUAGUUGUCUGUGGAUGUGUGUGUCUGUGUGUAUGUAUGUGGACGUGUUUGUGCAUACGUGCACAUGAACAGCAGUUGGAAAAGUGUUCUGGUGAUAAAAUUACUUGUAGAUAAUUGUCAACCAUACUUGUUACUGUGCUCUGCUUAUUUGCAGCGGCCGUUUUUGAGAACAGCCCUCGAAAGGGGGGAAAAAAAAAAAAAAAAGUGCACGCGUUUGAUUGCUUGCCUUUCGGUGUCCAGGUCUGUUUUGUUGCACAGAAAUUGGCCUGUCGAACAUACAGGUGAAUGUACGCUAUUCUUACUGAAAUUCCAUCAAAACAGUUGGAGAAGCUUCUUUUUUUUUUUUUUUCUUUUCUUUUUUUGGUCAAGCUGUGAGUUAUUGCUUGGAACGACUACCUCCCUUUUUGAUAUCAAUCCUUUAUUUCACGUACACCCAGUUAAUAAAGGCAAAAUCUGACAUUUGAAUCGACAAAAGACGAGGUAUCCAGCUCCUUUCUGUGACCUGACACAAAGUUUUAAUUCAGUGAUGAGUUGGACACUGUCAACUCCGACCGGAUAUCCUUAAAUAGAGAUUUAAGAUCACGUGGAUCUGAGAUCGCAGAGAUGUUAAUACAGACAAAUUACAAAGACAGUGCAGGGUUUACCUACCUGACAUGGACUUUCCUGUUCUGCUCAUGCAUUCCUGCCUUACAUGAUUGCAGUGGGUGUGGUCAGAGAGACUUUGGCUGCUGGCAGCCUAGAAAAUAUAUGAAAUUUAUUGUUGUAGAUUGUUCAAGAGGCGUCAGGAUGAUAUAGUAAAUGUAGCACAUGUAUUGAAGUAACCCUUAGGUAUCGAACACGGUGUUCAGUUUGGGGAACAGAUAUCUCCUAAGGUCAAACUGUCAUUGAAAUAUACUUUUUUCCUCUCCCUUCUGCUCACAAAACCUUGCCAACACAAUGUUGCUUUUGACUUAAAUGUCUGAAAAAAUGUUUACAUCAUACACUGAUACUAUUUAAUCUUAAGGUAUUCAUAUGUCUUAUUAGAAAUAAUAAAACUGAAUGAAGACUAGUUUCUCAAGAAAAAACUUCUCUGCUGUGGUGAAGACAUGCACUGGGAGAGUACAGUAUGCUGUGUACAGUAUUUAACAAUUCCAAUUGUUAUGAAUAGUUGAUAAGUAUAUAGUCUUUGAAAAGAACGCAAAAUAAAAUGACUUAUUUAUGA